GCAGGAUGAGCGCCGUGCCUGAGGAAGUGAAGGCAGAAGAUGGCAAAGCGGUGCCCGAGAAAAAACUCUUUUACUGCGAUGUUUGUAAAAUUUACUGUAUGUGCGCUAUAAGUCUUCAGUCACACUACCGUGGUGCGAAGCAUAGGAGGGUAAACUUUUUCCAUUUUUAAUGUAUAUGCAGAUUUAAUCUUAAAUCGGGACUUCUGUAAAUUCAGUACUUGAUUUCACACGGCUUCAAGUGCUUAUCUAACUUAUUGGUAGAUUUGUAACAGUAACUUGCUUGAAAUAUUCCAAGAAAAAGAUGGGGUGGGAAUCUCUCAACUCUGCUUUGUGCAGCGUGUAACUUGAAACAGCAGCCGUACCUGAAGGUAAAUGUGUGCUAAUUGUGAAAUUAACAUUUGAAUGACACGAGAGCUGCAAGUGGUGAAAGAAUUCAACUUUUGCACUUGGUAAAAGUACUGUUCUGUCUUCCAAGUCUAGAUAACUUACCUGUACUUUGAAUAAAAUGAGCUUCCUCUUUACUUUGACAGUAACACCAGUCCUGAUUUCCUGAAGGAGUUACAUAGACUUAACUAUCAAGUCUGACACUUGUGUUGCUUUCAAGCGUCAUAAUAGCAGCUCCCUGGUUUAAGCACAAAACAGACAAAGGCAUUAAAUAAUUAGGCACCGUUCCGUGAGAGUGUGUUUAGAGAUGAGGCUUUUACAAAUGCUGAGUGACCGAACCUUUGGCUGUUGAUUGGUUGACAAUUGUUUAAAAUUCCACCACGUUCUCAGUCUGUAAAGGUGAGACAUAACUCAGUAGUCUGUACUCCUUUGCUGCCAUCAGAUUGUGUUGUUGUGGCACUGAAGAGCCUGCUCCGAUGUUUUCUGAAUGUAAUGGCAUUUUAUUCUUCCUGGAGCAAUAGUGACUAACAGCAAAACUGCCUUUCUCAAGUGAUGGUAUGCCCUUUUUUUUUUUUUUUUGGGAAUGAGGGCAUCUCCCCAUCUCUUUGCUGUUAAGACAGAUUAAUAGUAUUCUGUUACCUAUUUGCUGAUCAAUUUAAUAGCAUUGAUUCUUAUUUGAAUCAUUGGCUCUACUUUCUCCAACCCCUUUUCUAUCUCCGCAGAAUUGAGUCUUCUUGUUCCUCGUUUAUCAAGUAGAAGUGUACAGUUGUAUUUUGCAUGUCCUACCAAAUGUUCCUGCUGAUGUAAAGAAUUCCUUUGAUUUUGUGGUUGUUUCUAUUUUUUUUUCCUUAGCUAACCCUCUUAGCAAUCUAAUUAUUGCUGGUUUUCCCUUCAAAAGUAGGAAACCCAGCAUUUAUUUUCUUAGAAAAUCUGCAUACAGUUUUCCUUCUGUUUCACACUUGGAUGUAUGCUGGGCUAAAUCUCCCAGUUUCUUGUGUCAGUGAAGUCUUUGAGCUGAAAGCAAACAGGAGUGGGCAGGUUGAAAACUGGAUUUUUAUUGGGUGUGGAGUCUUGGUCAGUCACACAGCUGCAUUGCUGUAGGAGUAACUCUCCAAGCUCAUAUCAUCAUUCUUUUCAGUUAUCUCCAAUUUCUUUCUUUAAAUGAUGAAAUCUGUUGUGUGCUUUGGUGGAAAAAGAUGAGAACUCAUAAGUUGAUUUCAGGGUUUUGUACCACUAGGUUUGGAAUAGCUAUAAAAGUCCUGAGCCUAUGUUUCCACUGAAUACAGGGUAGGUGUAGAUAGUGAAUAGCUCUUAGACUGGAGGAGUUCCUGUUCAAACUAAUAGCAGAGGAUGUUCUGACAACAUAACAAAAUGAAGAGAAGGUAGUAGUUCUUUUCCUAAACCACAGUACUAGCCUGACCAAUCCGUCAGCCAUUUUUUAUGACUUCAGUCAGAUUGCUUUUUUUAUAUCAGUUUCCCAUUUGCUUUUAAAAUGGCAUUGUUAAAGAUACUCUGCUUGUCUGCUGCUGGAAGGUGUUCCAAAAUGCAAGAAAAAGCCCUUUGGCAGAAGGACAGUCAUUAAGAAACAAAUGUAAACAUGUGAUACAUAUAUAAAAUUGGCCUGCGUUUCCUAUAGCUAUUCAGAGUAAAAUGUGUUCUUUUGAAUAGCUGCAGUAGUAAAGCUUGGCUGUCUGACAGAUUUGUGAGAGUACUUCAUUUGACCUUCAGUGUACAUGGCUAUUUUAUCUCUUAUUUUUUUCUUUUUUUCCGCCUGGAUAGUCUGGUUAAUCGGGAUUUUGAAUAGGUACAUAAGAUACUUAUUUAGGUUGUUUCUCCAUACCUUUGUUUUAUCUCCAAUUUUUUCUAGUGCUGUUAGUUCAUAAGGGCAGACCCUUGUCAAAAGGGUGCCGAUGGCCCAAGGAUUGUGUGGCUGGGAUGAUCACACAAUCCCAGCCAAGGCUGUGUGUACCUUGUGCGUUGAGUGCUGUAUGACCUCUGCAUAGUAGCAUAAUGGUGGGGUCUUGUGGCUUCAUUGCACAACAGGUACUAAUGGGAUGGGAAGUUGUAGAAAGUGCAUUAGCCAAAAUAUUCGUAGAUGUGUGUAUAAUUCAUGGCUCUGAAAAUUGGAGUUGGUUGGUAUUGGAUACUUUGAAAAACAGUUGAAUUUUAGUUUUAGCCAUUAUAGUAAAAUGUUUAGGAAACAACAUUUAUAUUCGUUUACUAAUGCUUUUAAUUUAGCUAAGCCUGUGAGAGUAGUGGGGGAUAUCAUGCAUGAAAGAUGGGUUCGUUUGGCCUUUUUGUUUUUUUCCACAGCUGAGGAGAAAUCUAGGUUUUUUGGGACAACGGUCCCCAAAUAAAAUACACCUGCGGUGUACCUACCUGGAAUAUGGUUGUAUGUGAUAUAAUUUAUUCUUAUUUUGUAAGUAUGCUUUAGUUUUAUAGCUCAGUUUGCUAGGGAGAUCCUAGAGUGGAACAUCUUUUUUCCAUGUGUUUUGAUCAGCCCUUCACAGGUAUGGCAUCAGCAGAAGAGCACUGCUUAUUUUGUGAACUGUGUUUGGAACACAGAUGAAGAUUGUUCUGGUUCUAUCAAAGAUUCAAGUUUCCUCGCCCCCCUUCAAGUCUGGAGUUAGAUAGGUAGAAAUGCCUGCCAUGUCCUAGAAAGAGAAAAAUCUGUAUUCAAGACUCUACAGGCUCUUCAGAAACAAGUAAUGUUCAAAUCUGUGAAGAGAGGUGUUAGCCUUUGUCUUUAUCAUUUCAGUGUUCUUGUUUCUUCUGUCUCUCACUGCUGAUUGUUGCACAUCAGAACCUGUGGUUGAAAUACCUGAUGUGCAGGCAACCUUUCUUUCCUUUUUGUGGCAGUAAAAUCAACCAUUGCUGUUUAAACAUUUCAGUCGUACAUAUUUGUGUUGAUACUUGGAAUGCUAAUGUAGCUAGUUACAGGAAAAUUACCUUGCUGUUGGAUUGUUUAUAUUUGGUCCCAAAGAGCAUGCCAUUGUGUUCUGCAGCAUAUUUUCUGUUAGUUCUGUUUCUCCACAGAGAAACUUUAAUUGUGGAGAUUUCUUUUGAGGGGAAAAACCAAACAGAAGACAAACAAAACCCCAGAACUUGAUUUGCUUAUUAUGAGCUUGAAGAAUUAAAAUAAGUAGAAUUUCCAUGCAUAUCCUUGUAUAUCUAACUGAUAUAUUUAAAGAUGGUAUAUGUUUAAGAAAAACUAAAUUAUGUUCAUAUAAUACUUAACUAUGCAAUUGAAAGUGUUCUGUUAAAUAACCUGUGAACUUCAGUUGUGUAGGCAACUACUUUAUGCAGUAGCUCAUACGGACUACCAUGUGCCCAGAAGGUUUGAACCCUUAAAACCAGAAGUUUUUGAGUUUUGGCUUCUCAAAGUUAGACACUUUGCCAAAAGUUACUCUAACUUUUCACAGUCUUAGCUCAAAAACAGCUGUUACAAUCCCUGAACCAGAACAGAGAAUAAGUUUCUCACCUAAUGUGCGAGAAUCUUAAUUCCUGAUCUAGUAGCAGGGAUCACAAGUAAAAUGGACCCUUUUAGCUUCAGUUGUGAAACUGCAUUUCUGAUAUUAACAAAAGCAGUAAACCAGGUGCAGUCAAAGUUGAUUGUCUGAAAAUAGUCAGGACGAAAUUCUCUUUAAACACCAGCUUACAGUUGCUAAUAUUUUCUGUGCUUGUCUGAAAACUUGGUAUUAGCAGCUGUUUGUUGUAAAACUGGAGAAUGAGUAACAAAAGCACUUGGAACAGCAUAACUGAGAGGAACACUGUGUCUGUAUUACUAAGCUUAUGAAAUCCUGUUGAAUUUAUACAAAACCAUCCACUGCCUGUGGCAAUACCAGGACUUAGGUAACUUCCUUAUUUUAUAGCUGUCGCGAAAGUACAGCUAAUUGGCUUCUCAGACAAUUAACUGUUUUAUCAGUCUUGCUUCCUGUUGAAUUGCCACACCCAUGUCCAGCAUCUCUUCCAUGCCACUGAAUAUUGAAAAUACAGCACUUAACUCUGUGGACUGCUCUGGACAGACAGCUGCUGUAGUGGUAGAAUGAUCACACUAUUGUUUCAUUCUUGUAAAUGACAAGUUUGUGUUUACUUGCCAGAAAAUUGUCAAAAUGAGUCAGGAUUGCUUUAGCUAUUAAAUGGAAAAUUAAGUUGUUCUUUUCUUUAGAUUCUGCCAAAAACCAAUCGUCUGUUCUGGAUUCAGCCAGUGAAAGACACUUUUCCUGCUCUUCAUGAUAUGAAUAAUCUCACCUGAGAUUUGGCUAGCCUUAAGGUUUAACCAAAUCCACUCUAAAAAUAGUGGGGGAGCUGCAUUCAGUUAGUUUUUCCUUUUGGCGUAAGAUUCUGUUGUUGUUGUUGAAACUACACCUUCUGAAAACUUAGGAGCUGUAAUCAUACUUUAGGUUUUCCUGGCAUCGUUCAGAUGUGUUUCAAGCCAUAAUCAUCCCUUAAAACUUCACUAUAUAACAGGGUUUUCUUGAAAGUAGCCUUGUGUUAACUGUAAGUACAACUCUGUCGGUACUUCCAGCUUUUGCAGACAAUGAUGAAGGCUCUAAUUUUUCCUGUUUGGCAAUGGAAAUUUUGGCCUGUAAUGAAAUUCGUCUGCAAAGGCUUCUCUGGAAGUGCUGGAUUUUUCCUUCAAAUGAUGCAGCACAUUAAUUUAUUUUUCUUAUUCUAUUUUGGGAUGACUUGCAUCUUCAUAAUUAAAGCAAGAGAAAGCCAUGAGACGCAGGAAUCUCUAUUUGUCUUUUGAACCUCUCAGCCUUUUUGAACCAUGGUGAUCAGAGGUGCCUGAAGACACACAUCUGCGCAGGGAAGAGUGACGGUGUCAGUCCUGUACUGAGGGAAGUGCUGCAGGCUGAGCUCACCACUUGCUGCACCCUGAAGAAUCAACACACAAGAAAGAUCUGGGAAAAUGUUGGUCAGAGCCCUUUCCUAAGAGACUGAGCUUCAUUAGCUGCUCUCAGGGUUUUGUGCUGAUGAGGGAAUUAGUGCAAGACAUGUCAUUCAAGUGUGAAAACAGUCAUGAGAUUUUGCCUCAGUCACCUGUGACUGCUGUGUGGUAACGGAGCCCUCUCACAGAAUUUGAGGAGUUGUGGAAACUUUCAAGUCUUCUCAAAGUCCAGUGGAUUCAAGUGCUACAAAAUUGUAUUUACACCUGAGCAACAAGAACAGAUUUAUGUGGCUCUGGUCAAGGGCUUUUAGUGGAAGACACUUUCUACAGAUUUCUUUGAAUUUUGUGUCAGAAAUGAUCAUUAAAAGUAAUACUCAUUAAGUGAAGAGGUUCUUUCUUCAAGAUCAUAAAAUCUGGUUUUGGAGGAAUAAUGUAUGGGAUGCAUGUGGCAGAAAGUGAACUUGAAUAAGAGGACAGAAGUUGUGGAAGCAAGGCUGUGAAAAGAGUGGUGCAGUGCAGGAACCUGUUGCAAAUACCUAUGGCUUUAGAAAACAGUCCUGUAUGUACUACAGUCUCUGUGUUCCAUGGAGAAUUAAGAAUUAAUCCAUAGGUUAAGAAUGUGUGUAUGCUACAAGUACUGUAUCUUUGGAAAUGUUAUGACUUGGAAUCUUUCAACUGGGAUGUGUCCUGCAGAACAAGAAGUCAAAAUACCUAAUUAAUGAAGUGAAGAAUUUAGAAGCUUUGGUUCUUCAGCUCUAAUCCAAGUUCCGAUGAAGUACCGAGUGCUCAGACGAGUGAAGAGAUCAUUCACAGGCUACAUAACCUGUCUGAAGGAUUUUAUGAAUGAUCCCAGAAGAGAAGAGCCUCUAAUUGGUUUAGAACAUGUGGUUGAAGUCAGAUUUGAAGGAAGAAGAGAGCCACGUUACGAGUGCAGGCUGUGUGGGUGUAAUUCAGAGGUGGCGCCUAUGAUAGAACAUCUUAGUGGAUAUAAACACAGAAGAGAAUACAUUUCUAAAGAAUUUCCAGAUAAAAUAAGGAAAAAACCAAAAGAUACAAAAGAAUGCAAAGUCUCGUUUUUCAAACGAAUAGCAGGAGAGCUGGAGAAGAGUGAAGGAUUAAAAAUGUAUAAGACGGAAGGUUACACAAGACCAGCUACCUCAUCCCCAUUGAAGAAGAAAUCAAGGUGGGAAGAUGAUUAUAAGCAAGAGAACGAUCCUGUUCGGAAACAGAAAGCUCUGGAGUUCUUGGAGACUUUUCACAUCACCUCAGACUCAGAAGCAACACUUGUUGUUCGCAUUACACAGGAACUCAUGGAGGCUUUGAAGGCCUUUUGUGAAAAGAAAGCAGCAGAUAAUUACACCAACAGUUUAGGCCCACUGGUGCCAGUACCUCAAGAUGAAUUUCCAGAAAGGCAAAGCAUCCCAGAACACUAUGGGCCAGAUGUAGAAUACAAAGGAAGUUCUGACUGGAAUCAAGGUUUUUUGUCUCAGUAUGAAGAGUGUUCUGAAGAUGCUUCUUUUGCUCCUGCUCACCCCAACAGUUACCAAGAAGAUAAUGGAUCAUCCUCCUGUCAUCUGACACCUGACAACUUUGCAAGUGUGUCUCUGCUCGGGGACUCUCCUGCUGUUGAGCCUGAUAUUCCUGCCAGUGGUGUCAGCCAAUGGCUGAGACAGCUCAGAAACUCCGCGCCCUCCAUGAAUUUGGCUCCUGGGGCCUCUUCAUACCAGAGCAGCCCAGUGAAGGAGUACUCAGCAGAAUACAUAUCCAGUGAUGUGCAAGGAAAUGAGCUCUGUGAUAACAGACUCUCAUUUGGCAGAGAAAAUACAAAAUGGAGCAAUCAACAAGUGUGUACCAAAGCAAGGCAUAUAAGUGACCAAGAAUUAUCCUAUCCCAAUUAUUCUGCUUUAUAUCCUUCAUCUGGAAGAUACUUUACAAAUUAUGCUUCACAAAACUAUUCCUCUUACAAGAACUAUGAGUCUGUUAAUACUUGUACAUCUUCUGCAAUUUCUACUGUUUCAGGAAGAGGUGGAUCCAGGUGGCACCAGGACACUAGGUGGAAUGAGUGGAAUGAGGACUAUAGGUGGAACGAGGAUUCUAGCUGGAAGCAGGAAUCUAGGUGUCAAGAAUUCAGGUAUCAGAAAUCAGGCUACCAGACAGACUGGAGUUCACAUCAGGACUCAUUUUCUGGCAGUGGUUCGUACCAAGAUCACCAGCAGUUCAGAAGCUCAGAAGAGAUGUUUGAUGGAGCUGAUGUUGGUCUUGCUCCCAGUGCUGUGAACAAACUUCUAGGAAAGGAUGUACCUACAAUGACCAGGAUGCUCAAGCAGUUGGCUCCAUAUUACCCAGCGCUUCAAAAAGUAAAUAUUCAGACAUUCGUCAAUGUGCUAAUAGAAGCUAGAGAGAAAGAUUAAGGAGCAACAGCUGAACUGGAAACAGAUGAAGAGACUUGAGAAUCUCCAUCACUUGGCUUUCAGGAAAGAGACUGCAUUUAACUGUGUUUGACUGGCUUGGGAGAGGUAAAGAGAGGUAGGGUUUAAGUUUUUAACAUGUGAAAUAUAGCUGGAACAUGAACUUGCACAUAAUGGGUGAACAUACUAUUUUGUUUAAGCUUUUUUGUAAUGUAUUUGUUAUAUCUUAGUAUACUUCAGGAAAAAAGAUCUUUUGUUAUUUUUUGAAAAUAUGUUAAAAUUACUCUGUCAGCAAAAAGCUAAUAAUCCUUUUAGUACCCUUCUCAAUUCAGAAGAGAAAGAAAGGUUUACUUUUAUGCUACCUACUUAGGAAGAAUAUUAAUUGAAAAUACAGGUUUACUUUUCUUCACACAAAUGUAAGGCCAUUUCCAUUAAUUUGAGGCUUUAUAAUUAGCAUAUUUUUAGAAAUUGAUACACUACAUUUCUGUUUAGACAAAGAAAGGAGAAUGUCACAGCAUAGGUAUUCUCUCUAUGUUAAUGUGAUGCUAUAUGAGGAAAAUGUAAUUUCUACUAGAGGACUGGUAUGUAACAGGGCAUAUCAGUUUGCAGAGUAAGAAAUGGUGUGAAAUAUAUGCAAAAUUUUAAAUAAUGUUGUUCAAAAUGAAAUAAUUGCAAAUUAUCGUAAAAACUCAUUUGGUGGAUCAACCCAUGCUAAAAUAACAAUUCUUGAUUCUUUCUACUGGCAAAAGCAUAUUAAGAAAUAGUAGAACCCAUAAGGCAAUCGGAUAAAAUAACAAAAAACAAACAAAAUGUUGUACUAACUGAGUAGUACUUACCAGUUCAUGAGGUGUAUCAGAGCCACAUGCUCAUGAAUGCCUGGCUUUAGAUAUCUGCUCUAUGUAAUUAAAACCAGUUACAUGGAGCUGAAGAAAAGAAGUAAAGUGAGACAGUUUA